AAUACUAUGCCUAACUUGUAUUCGGACCAUUGACAUUGGACGAACACUUGGGAUUCCGUUCGUUACCGAAAGUGAUAAAACGUUUGCCGGCAAAAACGGACAGUGAUUGGCUGAUUACCAACUUCUAAAAGACUCGAGUCAAGUGAUUAUUUGUGCGAUUGAUGGUUCUGAAGAAUGCUAUUGAAAUCGGACGUGGGAAUGGUGGCGUGAAACAACAAGGCAAAAGUCACGUUAGCACGCGUAAACGUACGUCAGGAUGCCAAAAAUCUUCCUGAUCAAAAAUCGGCUGCAUCAGCAGCAACUGAGGUUGCUGGAAGCGCAGCACCUUGGAAAAAGCCCGCCACCCUGUAGUGGUAAAGAAAGUCCUCUUGGCAGUGCCGAACCUCUCAGUCUUAUUGUGAAUAAACAUCAAUAUCGCGAGAAAACGGAUGAUGAUCGUGCGACGACCCCGGAAUCGCUUCGCAGUAGCAGUCCGGCUUCGUCUCCGCCCCCUCAAUGGCAGUCGACAAACACUCCAACUAGUACGCCACCUAGACGAUUUAUCUCGAGUAUCCUUGGUGGAGAUAUCCCAUACGGAAGCAGGGGUCAUGUUCUAACCAGGGCGGAGCGCAAGGAAUACAGCAAUCCCCCAAUCGCGCCCUCUUCUAGUGAUGCUACACAAUUCCUUACGAAAUCGGAAAAAUUGGUAUUGCCUAGACCAACCACUCCUCCAAAAACGCCUAGAGUCGAACCACCCACACGGGUCUCGGUCAUUCAAAGGGUUCCAUCCCAAAGUCAAUCUGCAUCGAGGAGAGAAGAUAAGGUCGAAGUGCCACAAACUCAAGAACCAGAACAAGAGCAACCUAUCGAUUACGCUGUGCCGAAGAGAAAGGAAGAGGACGAGGAGCGAGGCCGCGAAGGCGCAAAAGUGUCACGCGCGAUAGGCAACUCGAUCGCCAGGCCUCUUCUGGCCAUGAGACUGUCCGGUCCCCAGGUGGUCCACGCAGCCGCCGGCCACGGGAGAUCGUCCAAUUCCGGUGGGAACGGCGGUUCCGGGUCCAGCAGCAGCUCCAACAACUCUGGCAGUUCCUCCUCUUCGAAUUCGGGCGGAAGUGGCAGUUACUGUGGAGGAGGAGCGGCCACAGGCGGUAGCGGUGGUGGUGGUGCUGUGGGCGGAGGUGCCGGCGGUGGAAUGAAUCCCGGAGGAAACGGCGGCCGUGGAAAUUACGGGCCAAGUUCACCGCCCACUGGCUCUUUGCCGCCCUUCUACGAAUCCCUCAAAGGCGGCAAUAAUCUGGCGAAUUUCGCGAACCAGUAUAACAGUACACAAGGAAAUGGAUACCUGACACCAUCACCAACAGUAGGGAUGGAAUGCGACACCGGUCAGCAGGACGUGAACUCGCAGCAUUCCCAAUAUAACGCUCAAGAAGGAAAGCAAUACUCCCUAUUGCAAAAUGUCUGCGCCUCGUACGGUUUAACGUUGAAGGAGGAAGAAGAUUUAUCCCCGUACAAAAUUCAAGCGAAUGAUUUGUUAUCCGGACAAUAUGGCGCAUAUGACAUGACUGAUACGGGAAUGAUGGUGGAUAUGGUGACUGGCGCAGUAGUGGACCCUCUUCAAUUCACAGCUACUCUAACGUUUAGCUCUCCCUCCGAUCAUACCGCCCUCUUAGAAAGUCUAAGUGACGCUGCUGAUCUCUUCCUACCGAGAUUACCGGCUGAAGAUGGUAGCAACGAUCUUUUGGAAGAAUCAUUACAUUCUCCAGCUUCAGCUGGAAGCGGGAUCGGUCAAGAUAAUGGACAAAUGACUACUCCUGUAGAGCCAAGUGUUGAUCCUUUUCCAGAGCAUAGUAUGGCCUUGACCAGAAGCUUUGAUACGUCGAGGCACUACACGGCAGCUCCUCAACAUUUCAGCACUUCGAAAUUAGGACUAACUUAUGCUACGGGCGAAUCGAGUUAUCAAUCCGUUUCAAAGGAACGACCCGAACUCGCGCUUCACAUUAAUCAGAAUCAUCAACAUCAAUCCGAACCACAACUGCAACAAUUGCAGAUACAGGUGCAGUUGCAACAACAACAGCAACAACAAACAACGUCCGCUUCACCUCAUCAACAACAACAUCAAGGAUUACUCAGUCCGGGAUUAAGCUUCACCGGUAGUGGUCUGGAACUAGAUUCAGGUAGUAGCGUGGGUGGAAGUUUACCAAGUCCCGGAGCAGCGAGCUGUUCGUUAGAUGCUGCUUCUACUAGUACGUCGCCAUCUUGCGCUUUGAUGGAGCAUGCGCCUAGCCCAGCAGCCACUGUGUCUUCGGCAUCGGUAAAUACUGUGCAAUCGACUGGUCCAGCCGGAGAACCACCACUGACGCAACGGGUCGGUGUACUGCAGCAAAGGCUGGGGUUGCCCGGUGACUGUCAGUUGGAGUUCGUGAACGGUGGCCACGGAAUUAAAAAUCCACUCGCGAUCGAGGGUCAGAGACAGGCAGCGGCUAAUCGCGAGGAAGAGAGAGCAGCUCGACCUCCGCCUGGCAAGGACGACGAUCCAAAUCGUUUCACGUGCCGUGUGUGCAGCAAAAAUUUCAGUCUGCAACGAUUGUUGAAUCGUCACAUGAAAUGCCACAGUGAUGUGAAACGUUAUUUAUGCACAUUCUGCGGUAAAGGUUUCAAUGAUACGUUUGAUUUGAAGAGGCAUACUAGAACACACACUGGUGUUCGACCAUAUAAAUGCAAUCUCUGUGAAAAGAGCUUUACCCAGAGAUGUUCCUUGGAAAGUCAUUGCCUUAAAGUUCAUGGUGUUCAACACCAAUAUGCGUAUAAGGAACGUCGAACAAAGGUGUACGUGUGUGAAGAAUGUGGUCAUACGACACAGGAGCCGGAGGUUCACUACCUACAUCUGAAAGAUAAGCAUCCGUACAGCCCAGCUUUGUUGAAAUUUUACGAUAAGCGACAUUUCAAGUUCACCAACAGCAAUUUCGCCAACAUGUUGCUCCAGGGUGGCCUGUUGCAACGGGACUCGCGGAAUACGGACAGCUGCGUAAAGUCAGCCUCGAAAAGCCUUGAAGCGCCUCUUCAACGCUCCUCAACAUUGUUGCAUCUGGGUCGAGCCUCCAGUUUCUGAUGACUGAAACUACGAAAACAGAGAAGACAGGAAGAAGAAGGAAGAAAAAUGGCGAAAUGGAGAAAAGAAGAGGAUAGCUGGCUCCGAUUUUAGAGGAAUUUUGAUCUGAAUGCCAUCAUCGAAUCCCGAAGUAAACGUCGCGCGAAAAGUACCUGCAGGUGGCUCCCCUUUAGCGGUGACACACAACAGCGUCGAGGGCCAAUGACGAUCAAAUUUUGUAUUAACAAAUUACUAAAAAAAAAAAAAAAAAAAAAAAAAAAAAAAGAAAAAAAUCGCAAUUUUCCAUAAGAUUUAAACAGACUCGUGACUUUCAGAACUAGACGAAAAAAAGCAUAUUUGUAUACACAGUAUUGCGCUACCGAGUACAUACACGACCUUUUUUUUUAGAUUUUACCAAUUCUAAGUUUAUAUAUAUAUAUAUAGAUAUAUAUAUAUAUAUGUACACGUGUAUAGACUAUGAUAUAUAUUUUAGAUUAUAGAAAAAAAAAAAAACACAAGUCAGUCGUAAAGAAUUAAAAACACCUGAAAACUCGGAUUGAACGUUUCAGGAAUGAUGAUUAUUUCUUCUCGUUGAUAAGAUUUUUUUGCACGAGAUGGGAUAUCAAUUGAUUUUUUCGAGCGAUUUUUUUUUUUUCAUUUAGCGAUGCACGGCAAGUUACGUUGCUUUCCGACUUAGAAGGUGAAAAAUUAUGUAGAAAUAUCUGAUAUUGGAGAUAUUUCAGAGAUAUGUCAGAUAUUUCUCAAAUUUUUGUUACGCUGAGAUAACGAUACUUCCUUGACGAGCAUAUCGUGUCUCGAAGUAAUUGUUUCUUAUUUUUAAUCGUUGCGUUCCUCGUUUUGACUGAUGCGUUCGGGGAAACAUAUUGCGGAAAUGUAAUUUUUUUUUUUUUAAUUAGUAGAUGACUAACGCACCUUGGGAAAUCUGUGAUAUAAGACACGAUUUUACUCAUUCUACUCCAAGAUUUCGCUUUUUGCACUUUGGUUCUUUCAUGGGGUACGCACCGAUAUAAUGUGAGAUUACACAUAUAAAUAUACAUACUUUUUUUGAAUUCACAUUGAACAAUAAUUGAUAUAUUUUUAUUAUUUUUGACUUCAAUAUGAUUUGUAUUUUUAUUAAGGUAUUAAAAUUUUUAUUAACAAAAAAAAAAAAAAAAAAUUAAAGACAAAAAGAGUACAUUUUCAAAUAUUUAAGGCUUCCACGAUCUAAUAUGACAUCACAUAAUAUCGCAUGUAUAGUAUGAAAAAUAAACUUUCGAAUGUAAACCGUAAAUUUGAAACAUUAUUUUAAAAAAAAUCUAUAUUCCGACGUUAUUUUAUUAUUACAUAUAUAUGUAUAAAUAUAUUUAUUGGCACAUAGUAUAUCUCUAAAGCGAUACAAAAUUGUACAUCCAAAAGAUUAGAUUUUGAUUAUCAUCGUAUAGUUAUGUACACACAUACACAAUGGGAUUUCGUGCAAUUCUGCGGUGGUAGGACAUAUGUUAAUUUGGGUUACACAUGGUUCAAUAUGCAAUAGCAGAUACAUACCAAUCAAUUCUCGACUCGACUUGUUGUUAAAAAAAUGAUUCUUUUUCGGUAUAAAAUAAUUUGACGAAUUAAAUUUCAAUUGCAUACAUAAUGAUAAUAACAACCUGGUAAUAAACCGAAUUUUAGUCCACGAAACGGGUAUAUACUUUCUUUUUAGGAAUGAAUCGGGUGCUGACUAAAGUGCGCGAUCAAUAAUAAUAUUUGUAUAAAUUGCAAUCUUAAUUUGUAAACAAAUCAAUUAAUAGUAAAGGCAAAAAUUAGAUUUUAAAGGGAUUAAUAUAAUAUUGAAAUAUAAAAGAAGAAAUAUAAGAAAUAUAUAUACAUAAAAAAAAAUCACUAGAUUUCUUGAAAUAGGUAAAAGAUGAUGUAUUUGAGGUAUACGUGAUGUAUAGUAUAAUUUAAGUCUGAUAUAAG